AUUUUAAAAACACUGGUGUUGUUACAGCUUCAUUUCUCUUCCUUAUCCAGGGUUGUGAGUCAUGACUUCUGCUGUAUUCCUGGUUAUCCUGUGCAUAGGAAUUAUGUCAGGUGCUUCAGCACAUGAUCCCAGUUUGGAUGCUGAAUGGGAGGAAUGGAAGAUGGAUUACGAAAAAUCAUACAGCCUGGAGGAAGAAGCAAUGAGAAGAGCAGUAUGGGAAAAAAACUUGAAAAUUAUUAAAGAUCACAAUGGGGAGAAUGGUCUGGGUAAGAAUGGCUUCACCAUGGAAAUGAAUGAGUUUGGUGACAUGACUGGUGAAGAGUUCAAGGACAUGAUGGUUAAUAUACCUGUCCCACCUCACAACAAAUGGAAAAACGUCUGGAAACGUUCUGUUGGUUAUGGUGGUCUACCCAAAUUUGUGGACUGGCGAAAGGAUUUACCUGAAUUUGUGAACUGGCGAAAGGAAGGCUAUGUGACUUCUGUGCGGAAACAGGGUAAAUGCGGUUCAUGUUGGGCUUUUGCUGCAACUGGUGCCAUAGAAGGACAAAUGUACCACAAAACAGGCAAACUCACCCCCUUGAGUGUGCAGAACCUAGUGGACUGUUCUAAACCUCAUGGCAAUAAUGGCUGUGAUUGGGGUAAUACAUACAAUGCCUUUCAGUAUGUUUUGCACAAUGGAGGUGUGGAGGCUGAAGCAACCUACCCAUAUGAAGGAAAAGAAGGACCAUGCAGGUAUGAUCCUAGGAAUUCAGCUGCUAAAAUCAAAGAAUUUGUUGCCCUCCCAGAAGGUGAGGAUAUUCUAAUGGAUGCUGUAGCUACUAAAGGGCCCAUUGCUGCUGGAAUUGAUGCUUUCCAUGAUUCUUUUCUGUUCUACAAGAAAGGUAUUUAUCAUGAGCCAAACUGCAACAGCUAUGUUUUGAAUCAUGCAGUUCUUGUGGUUGGCUAUGGACAUGAAGAAAAUGAAACGUAUAGCGAAAGCUACUGGCUGAUCAAGAACAGCUGGGGUAAAAAAUGGGGCCUGAAGGGCUACAUGAAACUUGCCAAAGACUGGAACAACCACUGCCAAAUUUCUUCAUAUGCCCAAUACCCUACUGUGUGA